UUCAUCAGUCACUCGGCAUCAGCAGCAGCAGCUAGUGCUACUCAACCUCCUCAAGUCUUUUCACCCAACUUCCAAGGAAUAUACUUUAAUAAUACAGCCUCAACAUGAACUUUUACAAGAUCUUCAUCUUUGUUGCGCUCAUCCUGGCAAUGAGCGUGGGUCAAUCCGAGGCUGGUUGGCUGAAGAAGAUUGGCAAAAAAAUUGAACGCAUUGGCCAGCACACACGAGAUGCCACCAUUCAGGUCUUGGGCAUAGCUCAACAAGCAGCGAACGUAGCGGCCACAGCCAGGGGCUAAUUGUAUAUAGAAUUUAUUAUUAUUUAUUUUUUAAUUAUAUUUAUUUCAUAAUUGUAAGACUUUUAUAAUAA